AUGGAAUAUUAUUCUGAUCAGAUAGGUAUACCUAAAACUGACCAUUCUCGUUGGAGAUUGAGAACAGAUGACAUUGGAAGUGAAUGGUGGGAAUAUAUCGAAGAACUGGAUAAAAAGUCCGACAAACAAAGUACUUUUGUUCAAUAUCUUUUGAAUCAACCAGAUUUUCCUGCUCCUCCAGCUGAAGAUAUCAAAACACCUUUUGAUGCUGCUAAGAAAGGAGCUGACUUCUUAAGUUUAUUGAUGGAUGAUUGUGGUUCCUUACCUUGUCAAUAUAAAGGUCCUAUGUUCAUGACUAUAGGAUAUGUUGCAUCGUGUUAUUACACUAAAACCGAGAUUCCUACCCCUUUCAAACAAGAAAUGAUUCGUUAUCUUGUCAAUGCUUCGCAUCCAGUAGAUGGGGGCUGGGGUUUACAUUCUGUGGACAAAUCUACUUGUUUUGGUACUACUAUAAAUUAUGUCGUAUUGAGAUUAUUAGGAUUACUGGCUGAUCACCCAGUGAUGGUGAAGGCUCGUAGAACUUUAUUAAGAUUAGGUGGAGCUGUUGGUAAUCCUCAUUGGGGGAAAGUUUGGUUAUCAAUAUUAAACUUAUAUGAAUAUGAAGGGGUGAAUCCUGCUCCUGGUGAAUUAUGGAUGUUACCUGAAGCUUUGCCUAUUCAUCCUUCUAAGUGGUGGGUUCAUGUAAGAGCUAUUUAUGCUCCAUUUGGGUAUAUAAUCAUGCAUAAAUUGAAAUGUGAGUUAGAUCCUUUAUUGAGAGACAUUAGGUCGGAGAUCUACAAAACCCCUUACGACAAAAUCGACUUUUCUCGUCAUAGAAAUACCGUUUGUGGUGUGGAUUUAUAUUAUCCUCAUUCGAAGAUUCUUAACAUGGCCAAUGCUGUGUUGAAUGUUUACGAGAAAUAUCGUCCUAAUUGGGUGAAGAAAAUCGUAUCUAAUAAUGUCUACGAUUUGAUUAUCAAGGAACUUCAAAACACAAAGUAUUUAUCUAUAGCACCAGUGAGUUUUGCUCUUGAUAUGGUGGUGGUCUAUGCCCAUGAAGGACCUGAUUCUGAAAAUUUCAAAAAAAUUAGUGCUCGUAGAAACGAAGUGCUUUUCCAUGGAGCUCAGGGAAUGACUGUCAUGGGAACGAAUGGUACACAAACAUGGGAUGCUGCGUUUAUGAUUCAAUACCUCUUCAUGGCAGGUUUGGCUGAUUUACCUGAAUAUCAACCGGUAAUAAAGAAAGCUUAUAAAUAUUUGGUGAAGAAUCAAUUCACUGACGAAUGUGUUGAGGGAAGUUAUCGUGAUAAAAGAGAUGGUGCGUGGGGUUUCAGUACCAAGGAUCAAGGUUAUACUGUUUCUGAUUGUACCGCUGAAUCUGUUAAGGCAAUAUUGAUGGUGCAAAAUCAUAAAGAUUACGCUGAUGUUAAGGACUUGAUCUCUAAAGAAAGAUUAUAUAAGUCGGUGGACGUAUUGUUAUCGAUCCAGAAUAGAGGAAGUUAUGAGUUCGGAUCGUUUGCGACCUAUGAGAACAUCAGAGGUUCUCAAUUGGUUGAAGCAUUAAAUCCAGCAGAAGUUUUCAAUAACAUCAUGGUAGAGUAUCCUUAUGUGGAAUGUACUGAUUCUUCCGUGCUAGGAUUAACUUACUUCACUAAAUAUCACCCUGAGUAUAAGCAAAUCCCCAUCAAGUUUGCUAUCGAAGAUGCUAUCCAAUAUAUAAGGAAGUCUCAGCUUGCAGAUGGUUCAUGGUACGGUGCUUGGGGGGUUUGUUAUACAUAUGCCACGAUGUUUGCAUUAGAAGCCUUUAAUUCUGUGGGUAAGUCAUAUGCCAAUGAUGAGACUGUAAAGAAAGGAUGUGAUUUUUUGAUCUCCAAACAACAAGCUGAUGGAGGUUGGUCAGAAUCAAUGAAAUCCUGUGAAACUCAUACUUAUGUACCUGCUGGAAAGAAAUCAUUGGUUGUUCAAACCGCAUGGUCAGUCAUUGGAUUGUUAUUGGCUGAAUAUCCACAUCAAGAGCCCAUUGAACAAGGUAUUAAAUUGAUCAUGGAUAGACAACUCCCUACAGGUGAAUGGAAGGCUGAGGAUGUUGAAGGUGUGUUCAAUCAUAGUUGUGCCAUUGAGUAUCCUUCCUAUAAGUUCUUAUUCACCAUCAAAGCCUUGGGUCUAUAUAACAAGAAAUAUGGUAAGUGA